AGCGUUGAAAGGUUGAAAAUGGGUAGCUAGCUGCGAAAUAACGGUUCAUAGAGUCAGUUUAAUUCAUAUAUUUACCCGCUAGAGCCAUAUCAGUAAAUUAUUAAUUGCAUGUCUCAUGACUCUCUACACGUUUCGGCAUGGACAACCGUUGUUAUUGUUGUGCAUCCAAGUUCAGUCUCUUCAAGAAGGAGCUGGGCUGUAAGAGCUGUGGCCGCUCCUUCUGCUCUGGCUGCUUGACUUUCAGUGCUGUGGUGCCUCGCUGUGGCAACACCCAGCAGAAGGUCUGCAAACAGUGCCAUGGCAAUCUGACAAGUGGAGAAUCUCCCAACAGUGCUGCAAAAUGGUCUCCUCCUGAAAAUUACAAAAAACGGGUCGCUGCACUUGAAGCCAAACAGCAGGCACAGUCGACACAUGCUCCCACACAAGGUGUCAAUAGAAACAAUAAAGCAGGCCAUCUACCAACCAAAGGCCUGAGUAAAGAAGACCAAGCUAUUGCUGAACGGCUUCAAAAGCUGAAAGAGGACACUGCACCAAAGUCCAUCCCCUCCGAGAAAGAGCUUGAGGCUCGUCUUGCUGCUCUGAAAGCUCCCAGUCGGCCAGUGCCUUCUACCAUAGAGAUGGAGGACCGCCUGGCAGCUCUACGUGGUCAGACUCCACCAUCUCAAGCUCCUCCACCUGUGCACCGCCCUCCAGAUAACAGGACUCGGACUGAGCAAGCCAAUGAUCUGAUUACUCAGAUGUCAGAGGAAGUUGCCAUUGACGACCAGCAAUCAAAUCCUGAAUGCAGUGUAGAUGGCCGUAUGAACGAUCUCAACAAGGGGGAGGCAGGGACAUUGGAUGAGAAUUUGGAGGAGAACCAGGAGUCGGACAAGCAGCUGGAGACGGAGAAGGCCCGUGUCCUGGAGGAGGCCAUGGAGGAGCUGAGGAAGGAGCGCCACUCCCAGGAUCAGGUCCUCCACAUGGCCAAGAGGAUGGCACAGCUGAAGGGGCAGGACCCAGACAAAGUUACUAUGGAGGACUUUCAGCAUCCUGACAGUGAGGAUGAGACUGAGGAAGAAGCUGUGAGGAGAGUUUUAAAACAGCUAUCUGAAGAGGCUACAUUGGACGAAGCCAGUGGCUACAACAUACCUUUAGAACACAGUGGACCAAAGAACACAGAGAAGAAAACCAUGGCUAAGAAACUGACACCAGCACCCAAGAGCAGGAUUUCCUCGGCUGCUGUUGCACCUCAGCCAUCAGACAGUGAUGAAGAGGAGCUGCCAUGGUGCUGCAUCUGUAACCAUGACGCCAGUAUUCGCUGUCAAACCUGUGAUGGAGACCUAUACUGCAACCGCUGCUUUAGGGAAGGCCAUGAUAAAUAUGACAGGAUGGAGCAUCGCACUACUAACUACACUGGGCCAAAGAGGAAGAGGAAGACAUGAUAGUGAGACUGCGCUGUAGAUGUUUGCCCUGUCCGGUUCUGGUCAGUCAUUACUGUUAGACUUGUGCUUUAGAUUUAAGUGACCUAUUAUUGUUUGUCAAGCCAAGAAGAUUUAAACACUACCUAUUAACUACAAGAAGCCAAAACCCUUUAACCCUAACUUAUCCAAUCUGUUUAAAAUGGCUGUAAACAUGCGUCGCUGUUGACCACGGAAAGAGCAGCAUCUUCUUUCUGUAACUGCUAGCAGGGAUCUAAAUCAGCAAAACAAAACAUAUAUGGCAAAGCAAAGCCUAGAAAUAAGAAUAACACGAAUAUUAUACUGUGCGUAUAAUAUAAAAAACAUAGCUCCUAUUUUUCUGUAAUAGUAUUUGAGCAAAGCUGCACAGCCAACUGCACACAAGAAAAGUGAAACAUUAAAAAGAAGCUUGGAUUUGUUCUUAUGUCACUUCCCAGAGGCUCAUCUUUAGAAGCACUUCGCACCAUUUGAUUAUUUGAAAAAAAAUCAACAGCACAGACAGAAAGCAGCCAUAUCACGGGUUCAAACGGGAUGAUGUACACUCCCAGUAACUGUCAGCUGUGGACUGUAGAAAUACAGAGGAGUCUGUAUAAAGGGAUUACUGAGGGCUUUGUUUUAUUUUGGCAAGCACUGCAGUCACUCUUGUAAUCUAUGUUUGGCUGCAAGUGUGAAAUGAGCGUUGCCUUCCUUGUCCUUGUGUGUAAUUCCAUUAUAAAGAAUGCAGAAGAGAGGUGCUACAGCAUGUCACAUAUUUUUAUUUUUAUUUUAUAACACUGAAGCAAUCACUGAUAUCAUCACAAACGUCCCGCUGCCAGGCCUUGUCGGAAGUGUAGUCAGUAUGGAUGGCCUCUGUGUCAGAGAGUGGAAGUGGGGAGGAGGGAGCUGAGCGAAUUACUAAAAUGGAGCUGAGAGACCCUGUGUGUAUGACAGAGAGAAGGCCAGAGUGCAGUAUCAUCAGUGUGCAUUACUGUCAAGCUAGAGAAACCAUAAUUACACUUUUCCUCUGGGGGCCCUGCUCCAUUAAGGUUUGCAUGGAGGCUGUUACUGUGUUUGCCUCUUCUGGCCAUGUCAUACACGCACCACAGACAGGAAAUGGAUGAGGAUAAUGGAUGCAUACUUAAUGGUACUUCCCUGCUGCUGAUUUCACUGUGUUUACUCCUAGACUUGACAUGUGAACGUCUCCUUUGUUUCCAUCGAUCUGUUGAAAGAUUUGUGCCAGAAAACAGAAGCUUGUAUUCUGUGAACGACCGUCGCGCUGCAGUAACGUCUUAUAAUUGCCUCUGGACAGUAGGAAAUAAUUAUUUAAAGGCAAAUGAGUGUUUUUAGAGCAGUAAUAAAGAGCAACUAUGCAUAGUUUUAGUGGUACUUUAAAUUGAUGGGUGUAAUGGAUGUCAAUAUCAAUUUUUAUGUUUUGAAUUAAUGAUAACUGAUACUGUUGGGCCGUCACUUUGCUAAAAAUCCCAUGUAACCCUUUUGAUAAUUCAUCAACAGCCUUGUCUUGAAAAUGUUCCAUUUUAUUUCCACAUACAACACUGUUAUCAGAACAGAAAAUAUUUAUGUACAUAAAUAGGCAACCGAAAAAAUGUACAGUCUUACGCAAAAACAAAACAAAAGUCAGUGCAUCUUUGAUCACAUGUGCAUUAUUGGUUUGUUUAUGGGAGAACAAAUGUUAUAGCAGUCCAUGAAUUUAAGUGAAAGAAUAAAAAAAAUCCAUUGAAAACUC